AAUAGUUCAAUUAAGUCCAAUCAUUUUGUAACAAAGGAUAAACAUAGAUUUAUAAAUUAUAACCUUUUCCGAUGCAAUGAAAUUCAAAAUUUCAAAGAACAAGAAACUAAAAGAAAAAACUCAAUUCUUCUCUUGGUGUUUUUCAUUUCUUUAGAUUAAAUUCUUUAUGUUUGGUAGUAAAUUGAUAAUGGGUAUUGUGUAUUUACCAUAAAGAUUCAAUCUUUUCUUGAUUUCUUGAUUUGAGUGCCUUCAAUUAUCUUUUUCUUCAAGAUUUCAUCAUCCCCUUUCUUCACAAUUUGAGACAAACUUAACCAUAUUCAAGAAUCAUACCCUUAUUUGGUUUAAAUUCUUGAAAAAAAAAUGGGUGAGAAACUAAAAUUUGCAGUGCAUGUGAUAAAUGGGAGAUGGUUUUCAGUUUUUGCAUCAUUCUUGAUAAUGGCAGGAGCAGGAGCGACUUAUCUAUUUGGCACAUACUCAAAAGAUAUAAAAUCAACCCUUGGUUAUGACCAACAAACCCUAAAUCUCAUCUCUUUUUUCAAAGAUCUUGGUGCCAACAUUGGGGUUUUUUCAGGUCUCAUAGCUGAAAUAACCCCAACUUGGUUUGUUCUUUUAAUGGGUUCUGCCAUGAAUUUUACUGGCUAUUUCAUGAUCUGGUUAGCUGUUACUGGUAGAAUUCCCAGACCAGAAAUUUGGCAUAUGUGUGUGUAUAUUUGCAUAGGAGCAAACUCUCAAAACUUUGCCAAUACAGGAGCUUUGGUCACUUCUGUGAUAAAUUUCCCAGAAAGUAGGGGUGUUAUGCUAGGGCUUUUAAAGGGCUUUGUUGGAUUAAGUGGUGCAAUUUUCACACAACUUUAUUUAGCCAUUUAUGGAAGUGAUUCCAAGUCUUUAAUUCUCUUAAUUGCUUGGCUACCAGCUGCUCUUUCUGUAGUUUUUGUGUACACUAUUAGAGUGAUGAAGCCUGAGAGAGAGCCUAACGAGCUAAAAAUGUUUUAUAGUUUUCUUUAUGUGUCAAUUUUGUUGGCUUUAUUUCUUAUGGUCAUCACAAUUCUUGAGAAACAGAUUAAUUUCUCUAGAGGAGCUUAUGCUACAAGCUCUACUGUUGCUUGUGUUUUUCUGUUUUUACCUCUUGUAAUUGCAGUCAAAGAAGAAUGGAUUCAAUGGAAUAGUUUGAAGAAAGAAAACCCGCCAAGCGAAUUCGCUAUAGAGAGUCGAAAAGAAGUUGCGGAUGUCGUGUUUGACGAAAUGCCUGAGAGACAAGAAAGAUCUUGUUUUCUUACCAUAUUUGACAAGCCACCUAGAGGUGAGGAUUACACAAUUUUACAAGCAUUGUUAAGUAUUGACAUGUUGAUACUAUUUGCUGCUACAUUAUGCGGACUUGGUUCGAGUUUAACAGCGGUAGAUAACUUAGGUCAAAUUGGUGAAUCUUUAGGUUAUCCGAAUAAAACCAUCAAAACUUUUGUUUCAUUGGUUAGUAUAUGGAAUUAUUUUGGAAGGGUGUUUGCUGGUUUUGUGUCUGAAGGGAUGUUAGUAAAAUACAAAACACCAAGACCAUUGAUGAUGACAUUUGUUCUUCUUUUAGCCUGUGUUGGUCAUCUUUUGAUUGCAUUCCCCUUCACUAAUUCAGUCUAUGUAGCUUCAGUGAUUAUGGGGUUUUCAUUUGGUGCACAAUUACCUUUGCUUUUUGCAAUAAUUUCCGAGCUUUUCGGACUUAAGUACUACUCUACAUUGUUCAAUUGUGGACAAUUGGCUAGCCCACUUGGUUCAUUCAUACUUAAUGUGAAGGUUACUGGUUCUUUGUAUGAUAAUGAAGCAUUGAAGAAGCUACAUGAGAUGGGUUUGGAUAGAUCUUCUGUUAAGGAAUUGGUUUGUAUUGGAGUUGAAUGUUUUAGAACACCAUUUAUAAUCUUGUCUUGUGUUACUUUUUUUGGUGCUCUUGUUUCUCUCAUUUUGGUGGUGAGGACUAGAAAGUUUUAUAGUGGUGAUAUUUAUAAGAAGUUUAGGGAAAGAAGAUGAGAUCAACAAGAUUUUGGUGAAGAAAUUUGAUUGUAAAUUUCAAGUAUUUAAAAUGGUGGUGUAUAAUUUUAUGGUGCAAUUCUUUAGGGAAAAAAAAGUAUGAUACAUGGUGCAAGUAAAGUUCUGAUUUCUCCAUAGUCUAAGCGGCAGGACAUUGUAUUUCGACCUGAGAAUGUCAGGUUCGAUUCUUUCUCCGUUGUAAUCAUAAUGUUAUGAUGUACAAAAGUGAAGUGCAAUUAAAAUUA